UUAUAUUAAAAAAAUACGUAGAUACUCUCCGAUAAAUACACCCUCUCACAUCAAGCCAAACUCCCACACAAACAAAAACAAAAGGACAAAAGGAUAAAGAUGGGUUUCAUUGGUAAGAAUGUUUUGCUAACUCUCUUAGCACUUUGCUGCUUCAUUUCCUUUGUUUUCAGUACUACAGAUGAACCUCCAAUAAAACUAAUAACACCAUUGGCCAAAGCUCCAAGAAAAACUCUCCUACCGUUAAAAUCUCCUACUGAGCGAUCAACUCUCCCACCGUUAAAAGCUCCUACCAAGCUACGAUCAAUUAUCCCACCUUUGAAAGCACCUACGAAGCUAUCAGCUCUCCCACCGUUGAAAGCUCCCACCAAAGCAUCAAUUCUCUCACCGUUGAAAGCUCCCACCAAAGCACCAGCUCGCUCACCGUUGAAAGCUCCCAUCAAAGCACCAGCUCGCUCACCGUUGAAAGCUCCCACCAAAGCACCAGCUCGCUCACCGUUGAAAGCUCCCACCAAAGCACCAGCCCUCUCACCGUUGAAAGCUCCCACCAAAGCACCAGCCCAAGCUCCCACCAAAGCACCAGCCCGCUCACCGUUGAAAGCUCCCACCAAAGCACCAGCCCUCUCACCGUUGAAAGCUCCCACCAAAGCACCAGCCCGCUUACCGUUGAAAGCUCCCACCAAAGCACCGUCUCUCUCACCGUUGAAAGCUCCCACCAAAGCACCAACUCUCCCACCGUUAAAACCUCUUAUCGAGCUACCAACUCUCCAACCACAAAAAGCUCCUAUCGAGUUUUCAACUCUUAUCAAGCUACCAAAUCUCCCACCAUUAAAAACUCCUAUCAAGCUAUGAACUCUCUGAUGAGACUAAAAGGGUUGGUGCUGACAAAGACAGUGAGAUGGAGGAGAGACGUCAAGUAGGAAGAGAGAAAACAAAUCACAAGUUCUCUCACGAAGACUAAAUAUUUUAUUUUAUUUGUUUUAAGUUUUUUUUGCAAAUAAGAGAAAUUGGAUUCGUGGGAAACAGUUUCUCCACUUUCUCAUUUCCUUUAUUUGUUAGCUUGUGGGUGAAUCCACGACAAGAUAUAUUUGCUUCAUGUAUGUCUUCUAUUCAAAUAAAUGAAAAACCUAAAGAGGUACUCUAAAGACUCUAAACUACCCAAAUAAAACUUGUGUUGUUGUGGUCUCUUGUGUGCAUGUUUCUAGAUCAACAUUUGAU